GUGACAUCUGUACAUUCAUCCAGACUGAGCCGUCGACGGUCCACUGCUCAAUAAUCGAAAGGAUGGUUCACAUACACAUCACACAGGCAGCCGACCAGCAAUCCAUCGCACACAGACAGACAGACAGACGUCAUCGAUAGACAAAGGCAUUCCACCCACCCACCCCUUCAUCCACUCAUCCAUCCCGUCAAGCCCAAUGGCAUUCCACCCAUUCCUGCCUGCAACCCUGGCUAUAAGUGGCACCCUCCCCCCAUCCACACACACGCCCCAUACAAACCCCCAUCCAUCCAUCCAUCCAUCAGUAGGUAGGUUGCUAUCUGUACACUAUGUACCGCCUCUCUGUCCGCCACGACCGCCACGACCACCACGCCCACGCCCACGCCAUGGGACGAUGCGCCGCUGCGGCCAAUAGGGAUUGCCGCCAGCAAGACCACCCAAGAACGGGUCAGCACCGCCAGCAGCAGCAGCAGCAGCAGCAUACGGGUUAGCGCCUCCAAAAUUCGGCACGUUCAUCUGUGGACCCAUGUUCAUCUCCGCACCCUUCCUGCACAAACCAACGAGAAAGAGAGAGAGCAAAGGGAUGAUGGAUGCUAUCUGUCUCUGGGUGGGUGGGUGUGCGAUAAGUUGCGUACCCGCCUCGGCGGAACAUGAAGUGCUUGCCGCAUCUGCAGGCGAUGUGGUCGCAGCCACCGUUCUUCUCCACCACAGCCCCGCACUCAGGACACACACACGACCCAGCACGCUGCACGACCGAGCCAUUGACACACACCAGAACGCACAUCGAUUUGGGCGCCGAUUGAUGCGUCGGAGCACUCACCUUUUGGUACUUCUUGAAUGCCUCCUCGUUUUGCUUGAAGUGCGGGUCUUGGGUGGACUUGGCCUCCUCACAGGUCUUGCCGUCGUGCACCUUGCUCCCACACAGCAGACACCUGCACGACGCACACGCACACACACAAAUGCCAUCCACCCAUCUUUGUAUGUGCGUCAUUGGGUGUCUGUGGGUGUGGCAUUCACGCGUACAGCUUGCUGCAUUUGGGACAAGGGAACCCCGUGCGCAACGCGCUAGUGUCGUUGCCGACCAACGCACGAUAGCCACAGUCAGGCCAACCUGACCCCAACACACACACACACACACACACAUCAGGUCCAUCCAUCCAUCCACCCGAACACGCACCAUCCACUUCUUUCUUUCUGUCUGUCGUACCACAGACUUUGGUGCCCUGCAUCUUCUCGAUCAUGUAUGCGUCGUACUUCUCCAUGUCCUCCUCGUCUAUGAGCAUCUGCAGGUCCGCUGCACCCAGCUGCGUGCGGCACUGCUUCUCACCCCCCUCUGCCGACCGUACCAGUGCUGGACAGUAGAAGGGCACCUGAUCGCAUCGCAGCGCAUCAGCACAGAAACAGAGAUAGAUGGCUGACGUGUGUGUGUGUCUGUGUGUCUGUGUGUGGUCUAUGGUGUGUACCUGCCGCUCGCUGAGCUGAUGCUUGACGUAGUCGCUAAGACACUCGAAGUGGUGCAUGCACUCACAGUUCAGCAGACGCAGGCACCUGCAUCACCAUGACACACCAUACACACCACACACCACCACAUGCCGAGCGUGUCAGUGUGCUUGCGGCUCCUUCUCAGUGUCGAAGGCUUCCAGGCAGACGAAGCACUUCUUGUCCGCAACGGGCCCAGCUGCCGCUGCCGCUGAAGCGAGCGUGUGUCCGGUGAUGAGCACCUCGUCAUCGUCAUCGUCAUCAUCAAUGACUAUCUCGCCUCCUGCCGCUGAUGCUGAUGCUGCAGCACUGGCACCCUGCUCUUUCUUGAGGGCCUUGCGUGGCUUGUGCACCCCUCGCUGCAGCUGCUUCUCGGGAACGGCCGCUGCAAAGGCAGACUCUGAGGCAGAGGGAGCGCCAGCAGAAGCAGACUCGUGGUUCUGCUUUCGUUUCUGGUAGUCAUCCUGCCGCUUGCGGCGAUACUCCAUCAGCUGCGGAUCCAGCCCAGCCAUUUUGCGAUGAAAAACAGGCAAAUCAACG